AUGAUGCAGAUAUCGACCAACGAACAACUUGAAUCGAAACCGUUUUACCUCGACCGGAAUCUCGCGGAAGACCGAUCUCAAACCGAGUACGAACCCCCUCAAGAUUACGUCGGCGAAAUUGUAACCGCCACUGCCAAGCCGCCGUCCACGACAUUGGACGACGUUUUUAUUAGCGUAAAAACUACGAAAACCUACCAUAAUAAGAGGUUACCCAUCAUAUUGAAGACCUGGUUUCAGCUGGCCAGAAAACAGAAAAAAGAAUAUAAUAAGGAAAUUAUUUUAUUAGCUCUAGAUGAAGAUUCUACUGCUGUUGACAGGACUACAGAAGUUCUGCCUUCUCCUGUGAUAACUCAAGAUCAUGAAUGA